AUCAAAAUUUUCAGUUUUCACCUCCAAAUUCCCGCUCCCUCUUCACUCCAAAUCUCUAACAGCAGUUCUGGUAUUUUUAAUUUUCUUUCCAUGGUCUGUCUAAUUAGAAAUUUGAAGAUUUAAGGAUUUUCUUGAGCUACUCGUAUUAUCAGGGACAGGAAUCGUGAGUUUCUGCAAAUCAUACAAACUGUAAAUCAAAGUGCAUCAUUGAUGGAGGUUAAAGAUUGGGAAGCGUCUUCUGACGGAACACAAGAUUUAGAGGUUGAUUUACAAGACAGUGAUGAAGAUGAACUUCUUUCUAUGUCUGGUUCCAUACCUAAAUUUCAGAUUAGGAAAGUUAAAUCGAAGGCUCGCUGGGAUUUGGAUAUGAAAAUGGCGGAGGUGUUAGAGAAGAAAGGUAGAUGUUGGGCUACAACAGGAAUAAUUCGAAACAGUAACACUUAUUUAUGGAUUGAGGAGACCCUGUUCAUGGCUGAACUAGGAGCAUUAGUUCUUGUUAACAGUGAUGAUUCGCUUCUUUCUUUAGGAGAUAUGUAUGCUAUGCUUACAGAACAAAAGAGCGGGUGUAGUUGGGUUUCGUUUAAAGCUUAUGUGCACUUAAAAUCACUUGGAUAUAUUGUUGGGCGUCAUGGUGUUCAGUGGACCAUGAAGAAGGACAAGCAGCAUGGUUCUACUCCUAGCGGUGUUGGGGCCUCGAAAGACAGUAAUGGAGUGUCAAUAUCGGGAUUGGAAGAGGAGUUCUCAAUCACUGACUGUCUCAGAGAUAUGCAUAUUAACAAUGAAGAGAAACCAACUUUUGAUGUGUAUUUGCCUAACAACAAAUUCAAGAAGUCUUCCCCCGGUGAACCUGAUUUUGUGGUAUAUGUAACCAGCGGGGAGGAUGAUCCACCUUCAAAAGCAGAGAUUGAAAACCUAAAAACAAGGUGUAAAGGCCCCCUUAUGAUCUGUCAAGUAGAAUCUUGUCGGGUCAGUUUGUUUUCGUUCAAUAAGGCAGAGACUGCUGUCUUGCCAUGAUCCACCUAAUCAGCUGACUGAACGUCGUUUUGGAUGAUAUCUUGCUGAGCCGAAUACUAGCUUGAAGUUUUUCAGUGGUCUCUCUUUCUUUCGAUCGAUAAUUCUCAGUUGAAUCGAGUCAGAACAGGUCAGAGUGAACCUCCUCCAGGGGUGUGGUCAUUUGUUGCAUGGGCUCACCAAAAAGUUGUUCAAUUGAGGUAGAACCUACCGGGUUAGCUUGGGUUUCAAUGAUACGAAGAAUAGUAAGCAAAGGGGGAGUACAGCCAAUCAAAAGAACAGAACUGGUGGGCAAAGUUAUUCAAUAUAUUUUGUUUUUCUUUUCUGAUUCAAUCCCCCUAUAUUUGUGUAGGGGGCAAGGGUCGAAUUCGCGGGCCUUUCGAGCUCUUUCCGAACACAAAAGUAGGUGAUACUGGGCUUCUCAGUGGUUCAUAAAUCAACAUGUUGUGUCUGGUUCAAAACAAGAAUCUUAUCUACUUCUUUCAAAUAUAAUUUUUGAUGUCCGUGGAGUUCAACCGUUAGAUCUGGUCACCAAGAUUUAUAAAUAAACGAUUGAGAUUAGUUGACCAAUGAAAAUAUAGUCAAACGAAUAUCAUAUCAUUUCA